ACAUUCAUAAAUAUUAACAACGACGUACUGCUGCUUUGUCUGGGAGUUGGAAAGAGUUGAGUUGCUUGAGUAAGCAAAACUUUGAAUUUGAGUUUUCUGAUCAAAUAAAUCGUCGACGAGGUCGAUCAUCGCCGUUCCACUUUCCCAGAUCGUUGAAACUGAAGGGGAAAACGGAAGACCCAAAUGCUAUAAUCAGCGUUGGAUAAUCAUGCUAAAUCCAUAUUUUUCCGCCGAUAUAUUACCGUAUAUCUCUCGUCCAUCUCCCCAUCCAAAGCGUCGACGAGGUUCACCGUCGUCGUUCCACUUUCCGAGAUCGUUGAAACCGAAGGGGAAAACAGAGGACCCAAAUGCUAUAAUCAGUUUUGGUGAUUCUUUGUAGCUCAGAAGUAAGGAAAUAAAAAUGGUGAAGAUGACAAUGCUUGCCCGUGUUACUGAUGGUCUUCCUCUAGCGGAGGGACUGGAUGAUGGUCGUGAUCUGAAGGAUGCUGAAAUUUACAAACAGCAAGCAAAGGCUUUGUUUAAGAAUCUCUCAAAAGGACAGAAUGAGGCUUCUAGGAUGUCAAUUGAAACUGGC